AUGCAAUCAGGUUGGCAGUUUGGUGCUUUCAUGUGCAAAGCGUUGCCUUACCUACAGGCAGUGGCCGUGUGUGCCUCGGUCAACACGCUAGUGGUCAUUGCAGUGGACAGAUACCUUGCAAUAUGUCACGUGAUGAGACAGAGAAACACCAAGAACAUGGCACGGGUGGUGCUGGUGGUCAUCUGGCUGGUAGCCUUCGCUCUGAUGACUCCCUGGGCGCUCUACUUCAAAAUGGAGAUGUACGUGUCCCAAGUGCAGAAGAUCGACAUGUGCGUGGAAGUCUUCCCCGAGGUCUGGCAGAAAAAGGCUUUCUUCCUCGGCGUCAUCUUCCUCAUGUGCUACGCUCUCCCACUCGCCUUCAUCAUCGCUUGCUACUUCAUGAUCGGCUACCGCGUCUGGCAUCGUGAUGCGCCAGGUAUCACUUCAAGUAUGGGCGUCAUCGAGAAGUCAAAGGUCCGAGUAGUCAAGAUGCUAGUGGUGGUCGUAGUCCUCUUCACUGUCUCGUGGAUGCCGUUGUACAUAAUCCGCCUUAUCAUCCUCUUCGCUGAUAUUUCAGAAUCCUCGCCUCAAUCAGCAAUCAUCCACAACAUCGUCUUCCCCUUCGCCCAGUGGUUAGGCACGUCCAACUGCUGCAUGAACCCUCUCGUCUAUUGCUUGUUUAGUCAAAAAAUUCGUAGACGAAUUCGCGCCAUGCUGUGCUGCUCAAAACCUGAGCUCCGAAGCCUGUACUCGAAUCGGUCUAUGUACAGCAACGCUCUUCAACAUAGCACAAAUACACGAGACUCCACAGUAAGACAGGAGCACACAGGCUCUGGGUACAGUAAUGGACAUGCAGGUUAUGGACAUCAUUACGGUGGUGGGAACCUCUAUCAUCACCGCUCGGCGAGGUCAGACACGGAGUUCAUAAGGCUACACAGAAACUCGAACGUCAGAUCUACUCACGUUUAAACGAGUAUAGAAGGUUGGGAAUCGUAGGAUUUGAUCGAAGACCACACGUCGGUGGAUCAGCAGCUACACUGAAGGCUUUGCUCAUUGCUUAUUCUGGAACGAUGUAUGUCAUCUUUUUGCCGGAUUUUCAAAACUUGCGUGACUCAAACAAUAAACAGUUGCUGUCGUCUUUGGCGGACACAACAGUUACUGUUCAGACAUGCUUUACAUGUGUUUCUCUUUACGCGAAGGAUUAAGUUUUUGAUUAUGAAACCUAUUCGAAGGUGAUCUCUUCGAUUGCUCGUUUUGAGAACAUUGAAUGUCUAUCUUCUUCAAUCUUAUAAUUCUGCGGAAGAUUGUCGUUUCUUGUGGCUGUGAACAUUAAUUUCUUAUGGCUGAUAUUGUCUAUUUACAUGUUCUUAUUUUAUGUAGUCGAAAUUGUCUAAGACGGCCAAUCAUUUUCGAGAAGAAAAGUGAUUGUCUUGGGUGGGCGUCUUGGACAUUGUCAUUAUAUCUUUUUAAAAA